AUGACAAAAGAGCCCAGCAGGUUAUCAGUUGGUAUCCCAGAAUCUGGAGAGAGAACAGCAGGUUAUGUCAUCAGUGGGUAUCCCAGAACUUGGGGAGAGCCCAGCAGGUUAUCAGUUGGUAUCCCAGAACCUGGGGAGAGUCCAGCAGGUUAUCAGUUGGUAUCCCAGAACCUGGAGAGAGAACAGCAGGUUAUGUCAUCAGUGGGUAUCCCAGAACCUGGGGAGAGCCCAGCAGGUUAUCAGUUGGUAUCCCAGAACCUGGGGAGAGCCCAGCAGGUUAUCAGUUGGUAUCCCAGAACCUGGAGAGAGAACAGCAGGUUAUCAGAUGGUAUCCCAGAACCUGGAGAGAGAACAGCAGGUUAUGUCAUCAGUGGGUAUCCCAGAACCUGGGGAGAGCCCAGCAGGUUAUCAGUUGGUAUUCCAGAACCUGGGGAGAGCCCAGCAGGUUAUCAGUUGGUAUCCCAGAACCUGGAGAGAGAACAGCAGGUUAUGUCAUCAGUGGGUAUCCCAGAACCUGGGGAGAGCCCAGCAGGUUAUCAGUUGGUAUCCCAGUACCUGGGGAGAGCCCAGCAGGUUAUCAGUUGGUAUCCCAGAACCUGGAGAGAGAACAGCAGGUUAUGUCAUCAGUGGGUAUCCCAGAACCUGGGGAGAGCCCAGCAGGUUAUCAGUUGGUAUCCCAGAACCUGGGGAGAGCCCAGCAGGUUAUCAGUUGGUAUCCCAGAAUCUGGAGAGAGAACAGCAGGUUAUGUCAUCAGUGGGUAUCCCAGAACUUGGGGAGAGCCCAGCAGGUUAUCAGUUGGUAUCCCAGAACCUGGGGAGAGCCCAGUAGGUUAUCAGUUGGUAUCCCAGAACCUGGGGAGAGCCCAGCAGGUUAUCAGUUGGUAUCCCAAAGCCUGGGGAGAGCCCAGCAGGUUAUUAGUUGGUAUCCCAGAACCUGGGGGAGCCCAACAGCUUAUCAUCGAUACUGAAAGCAAUAUUUUUGAUAAAGUACCUAAUGGUACUGCUAUACCACACAAAGUCACAAAUGAUAAUAGUGUUGAAUGCCCGUGGAAUAUGUUCUUCCUGUCUGUUGGCUAA